AUGCCCUUCGGCCCCAUCGUCCAAGCCGGCCUGCUCGCUGGUGUGAUUCUGCAGGUGAUUCGUGUGAUGAAGCCCGCCGCGAUCGGCGCUGAGGCGCCCCAGCAGCAGCGGCCAGGCAGCAUCGCCAGCCGCGCCGCCGCCUACAGCGCCGCCGCCGCCCCCGGCCCCGGCCCCGCCCGCGGGCCCCCGCCCCACGACGGCCCCGGCGGCGCGCCCGCACCCGCCUCCGCCGCGUCCUUGCCGCCGUCGGCGGUGCAGCUCGAGCUCGAGGAGCUUCGCGCCAGCUUCUCUAGGGGCGGCCAGAUGGGCCCCAGCGCGUGGGUCAAGCGGGAGCGCAAGUACAAGCAGGACAUAGAGAAGUACGAGCACACCGUCGGCAUGUUGAGGCAGCGGAUUGCAAAGCUGGAAGCGGAGCUCUCGUUGUACAGGGAAAGCGGCGGCAACCCGCCGCUCGAGGAGCAGAUCCAGGUGCGAGCGCCGCGGCGAGACGCGACGCGCGCGCUCACACCGCGCGUGCAUGCACCCUGGAAGGCUUGCCCCCGCGAAAUUCAUAUCUCAUUCCUGCCCGCGCCGCCGCCUGCCAGCAGGAGCUGCAGCUGA